GAGGGUAUGAGAAAGGGACAGUCGGUAGGAGCCAUGUUGAUGUUGCCUGGUUCGUUGUCAGCUACUGCACUUUGGAUAUCUAAAGAAUCUCAUUUCUCGGGUCUGGAGCCGUAGCACCGGUCGCUCGAGUUCGCAAUGAAAAAAGGAGAGCGGUUUCGGACGGCACAGGGAGCGCUGUCAGGAAGCUUCGCUUAGGAUUCGACUCAUAAAAUAAAGCAAGUGUCAAGUGAAGUUCCAUAAUGCUGCUUCUAGCGUGCUAGCUAGACAGCAGUAGCAGUAGACGGACGUUGCGUGUUAAUGCGGCGUGUGGACUGUCAACAACAUCCUCCCUGCUUUUUUACAUAAUAAUGAUUGUUGGCAUACUAGCCAACUAGCUAACCAAGUUAGUGUAUGCUACGACUAAGGUUCAAAGCUCCUAACUAGGUACAAUUUUUAUUUUAGCAAGCUUGCAGCUAGCUGGUUUUGGCUAACGUUAACUACUUAAAUAUAGCUAGCUCCAUGCUACAGCAUAUUACGUUGGCUAACAUUAGGCAGCUAGGUUCGUCUUCCUGUGUCUGCUGCCUAAUAAACUCAUUCCGGGAAAAUAUGGCGACAGAUCGAGCUUGUGGAGUGCUGUCUAAUGGCAUAUCAAAGUUCUCAAGGAGCUAGCUGGCUAGCGUAACUUUCUUUCAACGUCUACAGUUAAGCAAUAGCACAUUUGUUUGCUAGCUGCUCCCCUGUCCCUGAAACAAGCUGGCGACUCUCCGAGUGGAAGCGGAAGACAAGGAGUUGGGAGCGAUGGCCUGGGUGCUGAAGAUGGAUGAUGCGACCAUCGAGUCGGGGCUGGUGCACGACUUCGAUGCCAGCCUGUCUGGCAUUGGGCAGGAGCUGGGGGCUGGCGCCUACAGUAUGAGUGACGUGCUGGCACUGCCCAUCUUCAAGCAGGAGGAUUCCAGCCUGCCUCCCCACAGCGACACCAAGAACCCCCCGUUCCAGUACGUGCUCUGUGCUGCCACCUCGCCCGCCGUCAAACUGCACGAUGAGACACUCACUUACCUGAACCAAGGCCAGUCCUAUGAGAUCCGUUUGUUGGACAACAGGAAGUUGGGGGAGUUACCAGAACUCAACAACAAGAUGGUGAAGAGCAUUGUGAGGGUGGUGUUCCACGACCGCCGGCUGCAGUACACAGAGCACCAGCAGCUGGAGGGCUGGAAGUGGAAUCGCCCCGGAGACCGUCUCCUAGACAUCGACAUCCCCAUGUCAGUGGGCAUCGUGGAGCCCAAGAAGAACUCAUCUCAGCUCAACGCUGCCGAAUUCCUCUGGGACCUCAACAAGAGAGCCUCUGUGUUUGUACAGGUGCACUGCAUCAGCACAGAGUUCACUCCCAGGAAACACGGGGGGGAGAAGGGGGUUCCCUUCAGGAUCCAGAUCGACACCUUCAAACAGGGAGAUGGCGGAGAGUACUCUGAGCACCUCCACUCUGCCUCCUGCCAAAUCAAAGUCUUCAAGCCAAAGGGGGCGGACAGGAAGCAGAAGACUGACAGGGAGAAGAUGGAGAAACGGACUGCACAGGAGAAGGAGAAGUACCAGCCCUCCUACGACACCACUAUCCUAUCAGAGAUGAGGCUGGAGCCCAUCAUUGAGGAUGCAGGCGACCACGAACUGAAGAAGUCGAGCAAGCGCACGCUCCCUGCCGACUGUGGGGACUCCCUCGCCAAGAGGGGCAGUGUAAGUGCCGCCUCUCCUCUCCGGCCACCUGCAACACCCAGCUCCCUACCCCCUCAACUACUUUGCUCUCCCUGGCCAGAUGCCUACAUCAGCACCAACCAGGCAGCUUCUCCUACUUUCACCUCCACCCCCCUCUCCACCUACACUGCCUCAUCAAUACCAGACAGUGGCUCCUCGUCUCCCAGUCACCAGGCUGAGCCUGCCAGCCAGGGCAGCGCGGAGCAGCUGGGUCCUGCCGCCUCCAUCCAGGACACGCAGAAGUGGCUCCUCAAGAACCGCUUCAACUCCUACACCAGACUAUUCACACACUUCUCAGGUUCUGAUUUGUUGAAGUUGACCCGGGACGACUUGGUCCAGAUCUGUGGACCUGCAGACGGGAUCAGACUCUUUAAUGCACUUAAAUCCAGGUCCGUGCGCCCCAGGUUGACGGUGUACGUGUGUCAGGAGGCCCUCAGCGAGAGCCCCCUGCUGGAGAGGAGAUGCGACAGCGAAAACGGAGAACACAGCAACCCCUCCAGCUCACAUGUGUACCACGCGUUGUACCUGGAGGAACUGACUGCUGCUGAGCUCAUCCGUAAGAUGGCGUGUGUGUGCGGCCUGCCUCUGGGACAGAUCAACCAGGUUUACCGACACGGGCCCACAGGCAUACACAUCCUCCUGAGUGACCAGAUGGUUUACAACUUACCCGACGAGAGCUGUUUUUUGAUCAGCACGCUCAAAGACGAGUUGGGGGAGGGUCUUCACCUGAUCCUCAAGUAGCAACAGAGGUCCACAACAUCUCCACUCCACCCUCAAUUUAAAGAAGAAGCCUCUCUUUCUCUCACUCCCUGCCCCCCCAAUCCCACAGACUCUCCCCCCCCCCCCCACAUCUUUCUCUCACAUUGCUCAGUUGGUUGAGUGGAAUGCUGUGGAGACUGACCUAAGCCAUGUAAAUGUUAGAAUCUGACAUGGGUGUGUUCAUUGUUUCAUAUUGAAAACACUUAUUGAUGUGGGAGAUCGAUCUUGAGGGAGAGGGGGAUGUGGGGUGAGGGCAAUCCUUGUGAUGCGUGACCUAACUUUGAUUCUAUUUUUGUAUGGUUGUAUGUGCGUUGGGUGAGAGGGGGAAGGGUCAUUUAAGGGGGGGGGGGGGGAGUCUGACCAGAGGAUGGGAGGAUAAGAGUUAUGAUCCCCCCUCACACUCACACACAAUACAGCCAGUGCUUGGCCAGUAUUCUGUAAUGUAUAUGCAGCAAUGGAAACCAAUACUGAAGGUGGGAAACCUAGUCCACUCUGUGUGCAAAUGUGUCUCAUUCACUGUGGCUGCCAUUCUGUGGGCUCGGUCUCCCUUAAACACACCCUCUCCUGUUAAUAUACAGCCACAAGUUAACCUCCACAAUAUUUGUGUGCGUCUCGUGCAACCUUUCUAGUAGAUAUGGUGUGUGUACUCAAGUUGAAUUCUUUGAACAGACUUGUUGCUUUGUGGUUGCUGUUUUCAGGCAUUAUAGAACUGUGGUCAGACAUUCUCAAGUUGGUAGAUUGUGAGGUAAGCCCUUUGUUUGAUCAUGAGGACUGAUCCAUCUCACGUCACAAGGAGGGGUGUUCUUAGCAGUGCCAUGUUCAUAGAGCUAGGAUUCCAGAUUCAGAUGGUGGCCUCUAGAUCACAAGGCUGUGCCGUCUUCCCUGUGGGCUCUCCAGGUCCGGUGUCUAAGGGUGCCUGGGCCCCCUGCAAUAGAAGACAGCACCCCUACUGUUAAUGAAAAUAUGAGCCCACCAAGUGUUGGUUCUGCCUGCAUGUUUAAAUGUAGGCCAGAGGAUGUGAUAAAAAGAUUUCUUGGGAACUUAAAAGACAUUUGGAGUAGACCUUACUAAGGCCUGGUCAGUUAAGAUUCAUGCCUGGCCCAUUGUCAGUAGGAAAGGAUCUCCAACCAAGGUGCUGCCCACCAAGGCCAUGCUUUGACUUGGUUCAUGUCAGCAUGACUCAAGAUGUUUCUCUUAAUUUUAGGCUUUUAUUUUUUACAAAACUUCUUGUAGCAUAAUGCCUUUGUUGUUUUUUUUCGUAAACAUUUACAUUUGUAGACGGUUAUUUUGUUGGCAGUUGUGUAAGAUGUGUUUCUGGUGCCAUACUGCCUGUUGGCAAGAGUCCUCCCUCACACACACACACACACACACACACACACACACACACACAUAUACAUACACACACACAUCCAUCCACAGAAGUUUCUCCUUGCCUCCUCUCCCUUACCAGUACUGAUUUGAAGCAUGGGCUUGUUUUGAAGUUGCAUGUUUUAUACAUAAUGAAAAUUUCAAGUUCAGUUGUUAGCUGUCUGUGGGUCUGUUGUCAGUCAGUCUGUGUAGUUGAUAGAAGGUGAGAAAUUUAGGACAAUUGAGUUGCCCCCCCACCACCAGCCUACUCAGUACAGGAUCCAGGAAGCAACUAUUAUCCAAAAUGUACUAUAAAAUGGACCAAACCGGUUUUGGAUAGGCCUAAAUAUCUCAUUGUAUAAGGCUUGUAAAAAAGGGGCUUCAAUAAAGCGGCUUGGAAUACAGACAGUACAGGUAGCACUGUAACCACACAGAACGGGCACAGCUUCGUUCGCCACUCAAAGUCGCAAGUCAAGUGCAUGAUUAUCAGCAGUGCGCUGAUCUCUCACACCAAGACUGGGGCCAUAUCAGAAGGAAUCGUUACGCAACGUUUACACACGAGUGCAUUGAUUUGAGUACAACAGGUAGAGGAUGAGUGUCUUAUGUGCAGUAGAGUCCUGCGGCAGCUCUACACAUCACGUUUCUGUUUGCUACAUUGUUCAGUAACCUUGGGCGUUGUCAUGGCCUGGUCCCAGUGUACAUGUGCAUGUCCCUGGUCCAUCAGGGUGGUACAUGUGUGCUCUGGUAUGAAUGGGACAGGUGUGUCCAGGGAUGGCUGUUCACCCCUGACAGUAGAGCCUGCAAAAAGCUGAACAUGUUUUGAAAGCAGGUUUUUUUUUUUUUUUUUUUACUUCUCUGGGCUGGGAAAUGUAGCUGUGUGUAUGAGUGUGUGUGUUGUAUCAAAACAUCUUGUAGUCAUCAUUAAGGCUGAAUUAGUUUGAUCAUUUCAGUAGUUCUCCAGAGCUUUUCCGAUUGGCAUGAUCCGUGUUUAGUUUACAUUUUUAGUGAAGAGCCUGGGGGGGGGAGGUUUUUGGCAUUAAAAGUGGAGCCCUCCCUAUUGUUUCCAGAAAUAAAAGACCAAGUCUGCACUGAAAACCACAGAACUCAAACUUGAUGUAUCGUGAAUAGUUCUACAACCACACCCUUCACUUUCUUACAAGAAGAAUCUUAAAAAGCACGUUUGUGUUUCACUCCUCACCAGAGUCUGGGAACCCAUGCUCCAUGCGGCUCCAUAGAUGUGGUUUUACCCAACAGAUCUAGGGACAGGUUAGCAUGUUCUACCUUAAGUGAUUCUCUUGGUAUUUAGAGAUAGAAAUUUGAUGUAUAAAAAUUAAAAAAUACAUCAAUCUCACAUGCUAAAUACAAGAACGCCUGUUGUGGUAUUUAAGUGUUGAUCGCUGAAGAGCCAUUCCCUGGUCUGUUCAUGUGUGUUUGUGAGAUAAGGAAUGAUGAUCACUGUGUCUUUGUAAAGGCUAAUGUCAUUGAUGAUGCUUCUCAUGUACAGUACAAUAUUAUGGAGAUGUACACAAACACAAACCUCCACUGGAAAUUAAAAUGGUUUCAUAAAGA